AUGGAAUCGGCAUCUCACGUACUCAAGGAUGAAGAGGCAGAAGUGAAGACCAAAUGGGGAAAUCAAACACUCAUCACAGAAUUUGUUCUCUUGGGCUUUGGUGAUUCUCAACAACUGCAGAUCCCACUUUUCUUGGUGUUUUUAGUGAUCUACAUUUUCACCAUGGCAGGAAAUAUACUCAUCAUUGCCCUCGUUGUCACUGAUCGUCAGCUUCACAUGCCCAUGUACUUCUUCCUGGGGAAUCUGUCCUGCUUGGAGACUUGCUACACCUCCACCAUCCUGCCCAAAAUCCUUGCCAGCUUCAUGACUGGAGUCAGAACUAUUUCUGUUUGGGGAUGUACUGCUCAGUUUUAUGUCUUUGCUUCACUGGCAGGUGUGGAAUGUUGCCUCUUAGCAACAAUGUCUUAUGAUCGCUAUUUAGCCAUAUGCAAGCCACUCCACUAUGCAACAAUUAUGAAAGAGAGACUUUGCUUCAGCCUGGCAGUUGGAUCUUGGAUUAAUGGAUUCUUGGCCAUGUCUGUAAUGUUGUACCUAAUGUCAAGAUUAAGCUUUUGUGGCCCAAAUGAAAUUGAGCACUUCUUCUGUGAUCUUAUGCCUGUUAUAAGAAUUUCUUGCAGUGAAACACAAAGAAUGGAGUUGGUGGCUGUAAUCUUCUCUUCCUUGUUCACUUUGCCCCCAUUUUUGUUAACGCUGACCUCCUAUGUCUUUAUUAUAUCCACUAUCUUAAGAAUCCCAUCCACCACUGGACGAAAGAAGGCAUUCUCCACAUGCUCUUCCCAUCUCAUUGUUGUUACCAUUUUCUAUGGGACCCUGAUCAUUGUGUAUGUGCUGCCAAAAAACAAGACACUAAUAGCCCUCAACAAAGUUUUCUCUGUAUUUUAUACUGUGCUUACUCCCUUAGUCAAUCCCUUGAUAUACAGUCUAAGAAACAAGGAGGUAAGAGGGGCCCUGAAGAGAUUGGUUCAGAAAUGUUCUUACUGUUUCACAAGAAUGGAGACCAGGGUAGUGUUUUCACAGUAG